AUGUCCAACGCAACAGCCAUCACAAGCACCAGCACCUUGACCAGCACCACAACAACAACAAAUGCCACCCACUCAACAACCACAUCUAUCUCCCACUGCGGCGGCUCAGCCCAAUAUGAACUCCCCAUCAAAGACGCAGCCUGCGGCAUCCCCAACACACCAAGAUACAAGCCGCUGAUUGAAACCUGCGCCAGACCCGCCAGCGUCCAAUCCUACAACCACAACUGCGCCCUCUACACACCGGCCAUCAACCAGACUGUCCAGAAGCUCACGAAUUGUCUCUAUGAUGCGGGUGUUGAGUGGGAGGAUGUCUGGUGUUUUGGGUCGACGGAUGCGAGUGCUACGGCUACUGAGUAUCCUACUGCUACCUCUGCGACUAAGACGUCUUCGACUUCGGUGCCGAGUUCUGUUACUGAUGCGGGUGUUUCGGUGGAGGUUGGUCGUGGGGGUUGGAAAGUUGGGGUUGUGGUGGUUGGUUUGGCUGUUUCUGGGUUACUGUUCGGAGUGUAA